AUGGGAACUGGCCGGAAUUUCAAAUUGAAAACCGGCCAAAACCUAGGUUUCCAAUUCGGUUCCAAAACUCAAAAUCGAUCCAAACCUACCCCAAAAACAGCUAGAGCAUACGGAGAGGGUUCGAAAACAUACCAAACUCGACGGAAAAGCUGGCCGGAAUCGCUGCGCUGUCGUGAAGAAAACCGGGAGAAAAACCAGUCGAUAUCGUGGCCGGAUUUCGAGCUUUCCGGUCGGGAUAACAGGUGGGUUUUGAUCGGAACUUCACGACGAGUCAAACGGGACUGGUCUCGAGGGCUGAGGUGGACUGUGGCGGCGGCGGCACGGUGGUUUCCGUUCGGCUUGCACAGUGACGGGAAUGGGUUUGACGCAGAGGGAGGAGACACGGGAGAGAGAGAGAGAGAAAGUGAGGGGUAA